CUGAAUGAGACUGCCGUUAAAACAUGCGAUCUGGUUGCAAUCUAAAAGUACAAGUAUAAGGAGUAAAGUCUUCUUGAGCUCAGUGACUCCUGCUUGAGUAAACUUGCUUAGGAUUACGUUGUAUGAUCGUAGCCAAGUAGUCUCAGCAAUAUACAUUUGAACACGAAGACAAGAAUUGUUACUGUCUUGUCUGUGAUAAGGUGGUUUGUGUAGCAAGCUGGCAUUCCAAGGAAACGCUAGAACAAUGAAGUCUAGAAGACCUCAUUCCUCUGACCGGAUUGAGUUGUUCCCAUUGACAGGGAGGAACUCCAUUUAUUUUGUAUGACACAUACUUGACAGAUAAUUUAACUGCUCUUCAUGAUGUCUGCUGCUGUCCAAGAAGAUGUCUGCAAUCAUGUGAAGGUAGUGGUUCGUGUCCGUCCAGAGAGUCAAAAAGAACGAGAGCGCAACUUCAGCAAAGUGCUUCAGGUUGUCGAUAAGCAUAUGUUGGUUUUUGAUCCCAAAGUGGAGGAAGUCAGUUUCUUUCAUGGAAAGAAACUUCCAUAUCGGGAUCUUAACAAAAGACAGAACAAGGAUCUCAAAUUCAUGUUUGAUGCUGUAUUUGAUGAAAAUGCUUCACAGCUGGAGGUUUUUGAGUGCACUACGAAAAUAGUUUUGGAUGGCUUUUUAAAUGGAUAUAAUUGCACAGUGCUUGCUUAUGGUGCAACUGGGGCAGGAAAAACUCAUACAAUGUUGGGCUCACCUGAAGAUCCUGGUGUAAUGUACCUCACCAUGAUGGAGCUUUACAAUUCAAUGGAUCGGAUGAAAGAGGAGGUGCAUUGUGCUAUUGCAGUUUCAUACCUGGAGGUCUACAAUGAGCAGAUACGUGACUUACUAGUAAAUUCAGGACCACUGGCUGUACGUGAAGAUCCUCAGAAAGGAGUACUGGUUCAUGGACUAACUUUACAUCAGCCUAAAUCUGCUGAGGAGAUCUUGCAAAUGUUGGAUUAUGGAAACAAAAACAGAACACAACAUCCCACUGAUGUGAAUGCCUCCUCAUCUCGGUCCCAUGCUGUCUUUCAGAUUUAUUUGAGGCAACAAGAUAAGACAGCAAGCAUCAAUCAAAAUGUCCGUAUUGCCAAAAUGUGUCUCAUUGACCUGGCAGGGUCCGAACGUGCCAGUGCUACCAAGUCCAAAGGAGCUCGCUUUAGAGAAGGGGCCAAUAUUAACCGCUCACUGCUAGCUCUAGGAAAUGUCAUUAAUGCUCUGGCAGACCCAAAGAGAAAGAAGCAGCACAUUCCUUAUCGGAACAGCAAGCUUACUCGUUUACUGAAGGAUUCUCUUGGAGGAAAUUGUCGUACUAUAAUUAUAGCAGCUGUUAGCCCUUCUUCUAUGUUCUAUGAUGACACAUAUAACACUCUUAAGUAUGCCAACCGAGCCAAGGACAUUAAAUCCUCUCUGAAGAGCAACGUUGUGAGUCUGGACAGCCAUAUAAGCCAAUAUGUUAAGAUUUGCGAAGAACAAAAAAAAGAGAUCAUAGUGUUGAAAGAGAAACUGAGAGCCUAUGAGAUGAAGAAAGCGGCCAUUCCUGAGAAUUGUGCACUUACAAAUCAACAACAGGUGGAGAUACCAAGGUUCAGAGAAAUUUUGAAAUGUGUGUUUGCAAAUCGAGAGGAAAUCAGGACAGAAUAUCUCAAAUUGGAACUUCGACUUAAACAAAAUGUCCUGAAAACCCAUUAUCAAAAAUAUUGCCACGAACAAAUUGAAGUGAUGUGUUCUCCACAGAGACUAGAAAAGGCAACUGACAAACGAGAUCACCGGCUCGCUUUACUUAAAACCCGUCGUCUGCAAAUGGAGAACAAAAAGGAGGAGGAGAUGAAACACUUUGAGGAGAAUACUAAUUGGUUACAUCGGGUAGAAAAUGAAAUGCGCCUCCUAGGUCAAGAUGGCCACAUUCCUCAGGAGCUCUGCAGAGAUCUAAAAUCCUGUCAUUUGAAGUUGGAAGUUAAAGAUUUGAAAACUCAAAUUGAAUACAUGCGGACUCUAGCAUCCCUCCAAGAACAGCAACAUAAACAGACAGAAAAAAUACUAAGUGCUUCACUUCUAGUUCUAAGAAAGCAGUAUGUAACUCUGAAAAAUGCAGGGUUAGCAAAUGGUGUCAUUGAGGAUGACUUCAAGGAAUUUGAGCAGCUGAUGCAGAGAGAGAAAGCUGUCGUUUGGGCUGACCAGAUGGCUGAAGAAGAACCAAAACAAAAUGAACAGCCAACUCUGUCUGAUAUCAUGGCAUUUCCACAACUUGUGAGCAAUCGGAACACUCCUUGCUGUACACCUUCAAGUAUGUUUUCAAGCAAAGUCAAGGCAAGCAUACAACAUGAGACAGACUAUGGAGUCCCUCCUGUCAAAAGAACAAGGCGGAAGUUGAUGGACUCUCCCCUGACAAUGCAAAGCCCUGAACGAUCCAGCCAGUCAAGCCCUAAUAAUGUGGCAGAUUCUCUCAGCAAAGCAUUCCGUCCCAUUGUGUGCACACCGGAGAACAGCAGAAAGCCUAAAGAGACCCUGUGUAUAGAGACUCUGGUAAAGCAACCAUCGCAUACACCAGUCUUCCAGGAAACAAGCAGUUUUACAGUAGGAAUUCAGGAGCCAUUAAAGCAGGAGAGCCAAAAGUAUAUGAUACAUAACAUGCCUCCAGACUGUCAUAUGAACUCAACAAUUACUCUUUAUGAAAACAGCACAAAUGGUACAGAUUACCCUUCUUCAGAUGCAUCUGAAAACACAUCUCAGUCUUCCAGCAGCAGCAGUUUUUUACAAAGACUUGGCUUGCCUUCAAAACACCCAGGUCCCACACAUGAGAGGCCAUCUUAUAUGGCAAUGACAUCUGCUGCUGAAAGAAAAAGGAAGUUAUUAAGCUCGAUAUCGAAUAGUGAGAAUCUGCAAGAACAUGUGGCUGCAAAACGUAUAAGACAAGACAGCUCGAAAAGUAAUAAACCUCUAAGAGUACCCAAAGCAACAGGAGAUAAAACAAGAAGCUGGACGCAACAUGAUGUGCUCAGAAAACAUCUCAGAAACCAUCCCAAGGAAAAUUCAGCAAUAGAUAUAAAACUGAGAACAUCAAAAAAGCAUUUUAAAUGACACAUGUAACUUGAAAUCAAACGUUGAUUUUUACAGAUUUUUAAUUUAUUAGUAAGGAGGGAAAAGUGAAUUUUCCAUCUCUCUUCUGUUUUGCUCUUAUCUUUGCUUGUACUUUUUCUUCUUGAGAAAAUCUAGGACAAUGAAACUAUACUUCAAUAGAUAUUUCAAAUCUAAUUAGCCAAUUUAGUUUACAAAAAAUGUAAUGUUCAUACCUGGACCACAUUUUAAUAUUAAUUGGCUCUUAAUAUAGAAUUGGAAAUCUCAUUGGACUUGGAAUACGCAUCUCUGCCCUGCAAUCUGCAUCAAUGAAACAAUAUCUUACAAAAAGAUUAUAAUUUUUUUUUUUUAAUUGUGGGUCCCCUUUUUUUCAGGUUUCUUGGUUUGUUUUUUUGUUUUUGUUUUUACAGGUGAUUUGAUGCCUAAAGUUUAGAUCUGAUGUUCAUUUAAGAGGGGGGCAGGAUGAACAUGACCCAUCCCCAACUGCCUUCAUCCCAUUUUUGGAGAUGAUCACCAUUGGAUGGUACUGGGCACUGUUUCCCAACUUCUCACUUAGAGCACAAGUGCCCUGUUUCCUAUGGGCCUGAAAAGCAACAAUGCACCAGAUUCCUCAAUAGAAGAAAUCUCUAUGGAAGGAAGAAAUGUUUGAUGAGGUGGUGUGAAGACUCAUUUCACCUUAAUCAUUGGACACACUGCAGUAUGCCUAUAGCAGGGAUCCCUAUGGAGUUCUCCCAUAUAUGCAUAGCUGUGAACUACAUAUGUGAGGGAUGGUUUGUGCUAUGGAUUUCAGUAUUUCCUAGGGGCUUUUUUACUGAGACUCCUGUGCUUACCAAACUUCCCAUUUCUUGCUAAAAAAUGAAGUAAAUGUCCACUCAAUUCAUACAGUCUCUCAAACCAUUAAAAUGUCAAAUCCUUUUUUAUUUGCUCACAUGCCACUGAGGAUUUGAAAUAAUUACUUGAUGUAUUUGUAAUCGUAGUAUAUAGCUUUGAGGUUUUUACCUAACUUCCUGAGCAAUUUGAAAUUAGGUCAGUUGUGAAUAAAGUUUUAACUGUCAACCAA